UCAAACUCUCACCACCGCCAGGCAACUUCAUUUCUUCUGAUAAGAAGAAAAGUUUUCUUCCAGGCUCUGCGCCGUAUAUCUUCACGACCUUCUCUUUCUGUCUGCUGCCCCGUUCGAUGCCGAUCACCAUCUCUGAACGCCAAACAACCAUCACAAUGACAUGUGGUGAUAUCUUCUUGGCUCUGAUAGCCAUCCUCUUCCCCCCAAUUGCAGUCUGGAUCAAGUCAGGCAUCUGCUCCUGUGACUCCCUGAUCAACAUCCUCCUCUGCAUGCUCGGCUACGUCCCUGGUCUUCUGCACGCAUGGUACAUCAUCGCACGCAACCCCGAGCGAGACUAUGAUUAUGAGGUUAUCCCCGACUCCGAGCGCGGAGGUCAGGGCGGGCGAGUCACGUACUAUUUCAUCCGCCAUGAAUCCGUACCGCGCCAACCGCCCCUUUAUGGUACUCAAGCACAAGAUCCGUCAGGCGACGAUCGACCUGCCCCUCUACCCCCCGCAUGCCAGGGCAGCAAUAGACCGGCGCCACCGCCACCUUCAAAUCCCUCCUCCCAGGCGGACGAACCUGCUGGACCUAGCGUGGGUGCAGGAAGCAAUGAGCCUGGUGCACCUCCUAGCUACUCAGAAGUUGUGAAGGGCGAUCACAAGAUACAGACUCAAGAUUAAGCUCAUGGACCAGACUAAACGGUCUGGGUGCGGAGGCUAUUGUAACAUUGUCCGAAGGGCGUUGGAAGUCCGCAUCGUAUAUCUGUGGAAGAAGGCGCAUGCGGCUAAGGUGACGAGUGACGAGUUUGAAGGUGGAGUAAGGGGACAUCUCUGGCAAUGAGAACGGAGGCCUUGUACGGUAGGGGGGAGUUAAUCAACUAAUGGUGUAUGGCUAGCUUAUGUGAACUUGAUUCGUCUUCUACCCAGAGUGACGACGGUAGAAUAUGGAUUCAGUAUUUCCACCCUCUUCCGCCUGUGCUCGUUCUGACGAACAAGACCACGAGGCUCAUCUUUCUACAUGUCCCACGGUCAAUCAUGGAUACUGUGAGAUUGCUCCAUUCUCUUUACCAUGCGCUCCAUGUUAUCCCUGCGCGGGCCAAACAGGCCGGUAAGAACUUUCAAAAUCACGAACAUGUAUUCAUGCAUGGGCUAUUGGUCAACCGCUCGCUUUUCCUACGUUUCUACUGGGUAUAUGAUAAGGCGCGGUUGAAAGAGUGGUCUGGACGGAUAAGGAUCGUGCACAUGGUUGCUCCCUCGAACGAAAAGGGUGCUUUCGCCCCCGAAGUCACAGCAUCCGGCUCCACGAUGAUUAGGUGUCAUC